AUGGCGGGCCGCGGGGUGGUGGCGGCGGCGGGUGAGGCCCGAGCGGGGCCUGAGGGGCGGCCGCGCUCGGUGGGGCAGGUGCCAUGGCCAUCGCCAUCGCCAUCCUCAUCGCCAUCCGCGCCCCCGCCCUCCUUCCAGCGCCGGGUGCGGGACCUGCGGGACCUGCAGGACUUGAGCGGCGAUGGCGGGGUGCGCAAGAAGGAGCUGCGCUCUGGCACAGGGCAGACCGUGCCCCUGGCCGCCUCUGUGGCAGUGAAAUACUCUGGGUACCUGGAACACUCGGAUGAGCCCUUCUGCACAAACUGCUACAGCAAGUUUCCUGAGCUGAUGAAACUUGGAAAAGACAUUACGCUGCAGGGCCUGGCAAUUGGCCUGCUGACAAUGAAGAAGGGAGAGGCGGCAAGAUUUGUCUUCAUGCCAGAUUACGCCUAUGGGCAGCAGGGCUGUCCUCCUCUCAUUCCCCCCAACGCCACGGUCAUGUUUGAAGUGGAGUUGCUGGACUUCCUGGACUCGGGUGAAUCUGAUGCAUUCUUUGAGUUGACUGCUGAGCAGCAGGAUACAUUUCCGCUACAAAAGGUGUUGAAAGUGGCAGACACAGAGAGAGAGUUUGGCAACUACCUCUACCGUAAGCGGCACUUCGAGCAUGCCAAAGACAGAUACAAAAGGGCAUUCUCCAUCCUUGGUCGCAGCCCUUCAAGUGAGGCAGAGCAGUGUCAGAUCAGUGCUUCCAAGUUGCUGCUGCUCCUGAAUCUGUCGCUUACUUACCUGAAACUGGAACGUCCUAACCAAGCUUUGGCAUAUGGGGAGAAGGCCUUGGAGAUUGACCAAAGAAAUGCCAAAGCGCUGUUCAGGUGUGGCCAGGCUUGUCUCUGCAUGACAGAAUACGAAAAAGCCCGGGAUUUCCUGGCCAGAGCUCAGUGUAUACAGCCUUUUAACCACGAUAUUAACAAUGAGCUGAAGAAGUUGGCAAGCUGCUACAAGAAGUACAUGGAAAAGGAGAAAGAAAUGUGCUGCCGAAUGUUUAGCCACCUCAACUCUUCUUCUGGCUGAUCAAAAGUAAAGGAGCUCGCCAGCUGAUGAAGGAGCAGUUCUUGGACAGGAAGGAGACCUCCCUCUAGGGCACGUGGAGAUUGCAGCAUCACAUCUAUGUUUUGAUAAAAGACGCAAGAGCACUCUCUUGUUUUGGGAGUGUGAAAUGCAGGUUCUGCAUUUAUAAACAACCUUAUGUUCCUGAAGUUGAUUUUGUUUACCAUAUUCUGGGACUUUCCAGAAUAACUGAGUUCUGCUGUAGGAAGGAGGAAAGCAUUCCCUCUCUUCUCCCCAGCACUGUUCCAAGAUAACUCUUUCCUGACAUUCUACCUCUUGCAGGUUCUGUGCUGCUUUUAGGGAAUCUGUAAAUGGGAGUAGGAUGCCAGGAGGUUUUGUGUUGUUUAUACAAAUUGUUCUUCAAAAAAUUGUUUUUGAUAUUUUUGUUCUGAGAAAAUAAACCAACAUGAGAACUAAUGCUGGCAGGACUUGUGCCAGUUUGUUGUGCAAGAGUGAUUAAUGUCUCCCUUUCAGUGUAAGGAGCUGGAAUUUGGAAAUAGGGUCUGUUGUGUUGCUGUGUAGCUGGCUGUGUUCUUGGGCAACAGCAUGUUAUGCUCUUUGUUUUGGUUGAAUGUACC